GAGAGAGAGAAAGAAAGAAAGAGAAAGAGAGAGAGAGAGUAAAAGAAAGAAAGAAAGAAAGACAGAUGUUAUAGUCAAAUAAUAUUGGAGAGACGCGGUACAACUAACUGACCUCCUAACGUACGUGUAACGUGUACCGUGUACCGUGUAACGUGUUGUGUCCCAGUAUGUAUGCGUUGACGUGGGUGCUGCUGUUUGUGUGGCUGGGUGGAGGUGUGUGUGUGUGUAUGAUGGAAAACUACACGCUGCUCAUAGAGAAGAGAGGUUGUUCUCAGUGUAUCGCCGUCAACACCACCAUCUGCAGUGGCUUCUGCCACACACAGGACACCAACGUGAAGGGGCGUGUGGGUAAGAGUUACCUCAUCCAGCGUGGCUGCAUGCCCCACUCCCUGGUCUACCAUCCUGCCCGCGUGCCAGGCUGCCCUCCGCACGUCAACAACGUGCUCUACUACCCAGAGUCCCGUCGCUGUCACUGCACACGCUGUGACGGACACGCCCACCGCUGUGUCCACAUGACCCACGCCACACCCACCCCUUGCACCAGGAAGAGCCUUGCCACCCGCAGGACCUGGACACGCCCACCUGUCAAGAAACACAGCGACCAGGAAACCUGACCAACUGUCCAACUGACCAUCCAAACAGCGACCUUCCACCUGAGAACCCUUGCCAGACAGACAGUCCUCAUUUACCACCUGACCUAUGGAACUGACCAUCCAAACAGCGACCUUCCACCUGAGAACCCUUGCCAGACAGACAGUCCUCAUUUACCACCUGACCUAUGGAACUGACCAUCCAAACAGCGACCUUCCACCUGAGAACCCUUGCCAGACAGACAGUCCUCAUUUACCACCUGACCUAUGGAACUGACCAUCCAAACAGCGACCUUCCACCUGAGAACCCUUGCCAGACAGACAGUCCUCAUUUACCACCUGACCUAUGGAACUGACCAUCCAAACAGCGACCUUCCACCUGAGAACCCUUGCCAGACAGACAGUCCUCAUUUACCACCUGACCUAUGGAACUGACCAUCAACAGCACCGGUCUGUGAAGCAGCAAAACCUCCCCAGAGAGCCUAUAGCCAUCUGUUCCAAAGAAUAAGACUAUAGGAAGUAUUGUAUGACUUGAAUUCUGUCUGUGGUAUCAGCCAUCAAGGACUUUGCAGCAGAACCCCCCCCUCCCCCUCGGUUCCAAAGGGUUAAAGGCUACCGGCAAUCCUGGCUCCGUUCUGAAAUCUGUUUGACUAAGGAAAACUACAGGUGAGCUCAUUUUCCAAUACUCAUGUUCAACCUAUAGUGUUUAAGAACAACCCCUAAAACACACACGUCAAAAAGCACUCGGGAAUUUGUUCAAGAA